AUGCCCGGCGUCUGGCGGGCGCGGCGGGCCGCCGCCGAGGAGCACGGGCCUCCCGCGCCGCCGCCUUCCCCGCCCGGCCCGCGCCGCCCGCGGCCGCCGCUCCCGCCGCGGCCCCGCCCCGAGCGCGGCGCCCGCGCCGCCUUCGCGGGCUUCCUGGGCAGGGCCCGCCCGGCCCGCCACCCCACGCGGCCGGGGCGCGCGCCCCCCCAAGGCGCGGCCGCCCCGUCGGCGCCGCAGCGCCGCAAGCGCACGUCGUUCAGCGCCGAGCAGCUGCAGCUGCUGGAGCUCGUCUUCCGCCGAACCAUGUACCCCGACAUCCACCUGCGCGAGCGCCUGGCCGCGCUCACCCUGCUCCCCGAGUCCAGGAUCCAGGUGUGGUUCCAGAAUAGGCGCGCCAAGUCACGGCGUCAGAGCGGGAAAGCUUCACAACCCCCGGCUGGGCCAGAGGUUUCCCUCAACCACCCUGCUCCUGGAACUGAACUGAAAUGUCUGAAGGCCCAGCUGCCUCUUGAGGUAGAGGUGAACUGCUUCACUGACUCUUCACACAGGGCCGGAGGGGGCAGCUCUGACUCUAGCUCCCAGGGUCAGAAUUUUGAAACCUAUUCCUCUCUCUCUGAAGACAUUGCUUCAAAGCUGGACUUGUGGGAGGAACACAUCUUUUCUGCCUUUGGUAACUUUUGAGGAUUCCGGGAGAAUUCAGAUAACCUUAUAGGAGCCAUGAGUGACAUCCAGGAGACACACAUCAGAAUACUGCCCUUUCUGACUUCCAUGUUCGGGACAUUGUUAACCUUGUUAACCUUGUAAUCCUUGUUAACCUCCAUGAUGGUUCUGACAGUCACUUUCCACCUGUGAAGGUUCUCCUCACAGCAUUUUGGCGAACAUCGCAUUCUGGCGUUCAGUUUUACCUGUGUAUCUCCGAGUCUGCAUGUUCCACUUAGCCUGCAUCCUGGGCCUUCUUGCCAGGUCUGUUCUUAUUUUUUGGACUGGUUGUUCAGAAUGCAGUAACUUCUUCAUAAGAACCCCUCAGCUUGACUCAGUUUCCCCCUGUGCUUGACAGCUGCCAUCUUCUCACAGACCCCCCAAGGCUCAUAACCUUAAACUCACUCUAACCCAUCUCUUCAGCCCUUAUCCCAUCACCAAAAUGUAUUACUUUUUUAAUUUGGCCUGUCAUCUUUGCGCUCAAUCAGUGAUUCUACAUCUAGAUUAUUCCAAGAACCCCUCUGCCUCUAGCUUCUCAACUACUUUUUAAAAAUUACUCUCUAGAAAUCUGUAGUAGCGUCCAAUUGCUACCAAAGUGUAAAAAUCUUUCAGUUAUCCUCCCAGAUAACUGAUAUCACUUUUGGCCUACAGGACAGCUAUGCAAAUCUUAUGGUCACCUAUCCACAACAUACUCUGUUUCAAAGUCACUCCUUUUGGUUUUGGACCAAACUAAUACCUUUCUCUUUCAAAACACUAAAGACUUUCUGCCACUUUCAGACAUCUGAAACUUUAAUCCUGAUUUUGUAUGUUACUUCAAUCAUUGCAACAUUACCCUUGGCGCUUGUUAAUGUACUUCCUGUGCAACUUCAGUAGAUUAUUAAAUGUUUUUCACAAAUGUUCCAAUGCAAUUUCUAUUUAAAUGAAGUCUGUGCCUUAUCUCU